GCGAUGCAUUGAGGCGGACGCGCAGUGGAGGCUAGUAUGGUCCCUUAACGAGAGAUCCGGCGGUGUUCAUCCAGCGGCCCGAUUAUUUCACUCCGGAUGCAACAUAAAUAACACUUCAAUCAAAACGCGAUCUGACGAUUGCAAACUGGAAUAACGCACACUGCAUGACCUUGCAUUGAAUGUCAUAAUAGACGGAUUUUUUUUUAAAGCACCGACACGGUCUCUGGACACAGCCAUGGAGAUUGUUACACACUUAAUUAAUGACACCAUUGAGUUCUACAAAUGGACCUUAACCAUUGCAGACAAGCGGGUGGAGAAAUGGCCCUUGAUGGACAACCCCCUCCCCACGCUGGCCAUCAGCACCUCCUACCUGCUCUUUCUUUGGCUGGGGCCCAAAUACAUGAAAAACAGAGAGCCCUUCCAGCUCCGCAAAACCCUCAUCGUCUACAACUUCAGCAUGGUCUUCCUCAACUUCUUCAUCUUCAAAGAGCUGUUUAUGGCAGCUCGGGCGGCACGCUACAGCUACAUUUGUCAAUCAGUGGAUUAUUCAGACGACCCCAAUGAAGUUCGAGUGGCUGGAGCUCUGUGGUGGUAUUUCAUCUCCAAAGGCAUCGAAUAUCUGGACACCGUGUUUUUCAUCCUGAGAAAGAAAUUCAACCAGGUUACGUUCCUGCACGUCUACCACCACUGCACCAUGUUCACGCUCUGGUGGAUUGGCAUCAAAUGGGUGGCAGGAGGGCAGUCAUUCUUCGGUGCGCACAUGAACGCACUGAUCCAUGUCUUGAUGUAUCUGUAUUAUGGACUGGCCUCCUGUGGACCCAAAAUCCAAAAGUAUCUAUGGUGGAAAAAGUACUUGACCAUCAUCCAGAUGAUUCAGUUCCACGUCACCAUUGGCCACACGGCCUUGUCGCUUUACGUCAACUGUGACUUCCCCCACUGGAUGCACUACUCCCUCAUCUGCUAUGCCAUCACCUUCAUCAUCCUCUUCGGCAACUUCUACUACCAGACCUACCGCCGGCAGCAGCCCUCGCGACGCGACGGCUCGUCCUCCUCCAAAGUGGGCAAGGCUCUUUCCAACGGCGCGCUCAAUGGGCUCAGCAAAGCCGCCAACGGAGCUGUGGUGAUGGGGAGCAAAGAGGAGAAACCCCAGGAAAACUCCGGUAGGAGAAAGAGGAAAGGAAGAGCUAAAAGAGAUUAGAGGAGGAAGAGGAGGAAGAGAGGUUUAGAUGAGGCAAGGCCUCAUUUUGGCUUCUACAUCGAUAGUGUGAAACACAAAAGACUUAAUUUGAUGAGGAUUUAGCUGAUUGGAUGGAUGUGAUGUGUUUAUUUAAGCCAUGAUCUGAGUUCUUGUAGAUAAAUAUGAGACCGGCUUUUGUUGAGAGAGGAUUAAUAUGUUGGAAAGAGGUGUCCAGCGUUAUAACUAAAAUGGACAAAACUAUGAAACCCCCACCCCAAAACA